CGAAAAUUGAAAAAUCCAAAUUGCUGAUUUAUAUUCUCGUCUGAAUCGUGGGAGGACUCGUCAAGGUCCUCGGCCGACUCCAAAUCGGAACCACAUGGCUCGGAGCUUGGUGGUCCUUCUUAUUUACUCCGUCGUACUCACUUUCUAUGGCGCGUUUGCUUCAACGGCCGACGAUCACCGUCGCCCGAUGAUCCUCCCUCUCCAUCUCACCUCCCCCAACGCCGCCAGCCACCACCACCGGCGAGCCUUCGACAGCCGGCGUCUCCAGAGAUCGGAGCCGAACGCGCACAUGAGGCUCCACGACGAUCUCCUUGCCAACGGGUACUACACGACGCGGCUGUGGAUCGGUACGCCGUCGCAGAUGUUCGCUCUGAUUGUGGAUACUGGCAGCACUGUUACUUAUGUGCCUUGCUCCGACUGUGAAGCCUGCGGUAAACAUCAGGACCCUAGGUUUCAGCCUGAUUUAUCUACCACGUACCAGCCUGUGAAGUGUAAUAUUAAUUGCAACUGUGACGAUAAAGGACGCCAAUGCACUUACGAGAGGCGCUAUGCUGAGCAGAGCUCUAGCAGUGGUGUGCUUGGUGAGGAUGUCAUUUCGUUUGGGAAUGAGAGUGCGCUCGUGCCCCAGCGUGCUGUUUUUGGUUGUGAGAAUAUAGAAACUGGGGAUCUGUACAGCCAACGUGCCGAUGGCAUAAUGGGUUUGGGUCGUGGCCAGCUUAGCGUGAUGGACCAGCUUGUUGAGAAGGGUGUUAUUAGUGAUUCGUUUUCUUUGUGUUAUGGAGGAAUGGGUGUAGGUGGGGGUGCUAUGGUUCUAGGGGGGAUAAAAUCGCCCCCAGAUAUGGUGUUUACCAAUUCUGAUCCCUUUCGCAGUCCAUACUACAAUAUUGAACUGAAGGAGAUACAUGUGGCUGGAAGGGCUUUGAAGUUAAGCCCAAAGGUGUUUGAUCAAAAGCAUGGAACUGUCUUGGAUAGUGGAACGACAUAUGCAUACCUUCCGAAGGAUGCUUUUGUUGCCUUUAAAAAUGCUAUUAUGAAGGAAAUUCAUUUCCUCAAACAAGUCCAUGGUCCUGACCCAAAUUAUCAAGAUAUUUGUUUCUCGGGGGCUGGAAGGGAUGUCAACCAACUAUCAAAAGUUUUUCCACAGGUUGAUAUGGUGUUCAGCAAAGGACAGAAGUUUUCACUUUCUCCUGAAAACUACUUGUUUCCGCAUACGAAGGUUAGCGGUGCUUAUUGCCUGGGUAUCUUUGAAAAUGGGGACUCAACCACCCUUUUAGGAGGAAUUGUUGUACGUAAUACCCUUGUGACUUACGAUCGGACGGACAAUAAGGUUGGUUUUUGGAAGACAAAUUGUUCGGAACUAUGGAAGAGAUUAAAUAAUGAGAAUGCUCAGGCCCCAGCCCCUGGUGAUUGGAAUACGGGUGCAGGGAUUUCUCCUGACAUUGCCCCGGGUAGAUUACCUGAUUUACCUCAAACUGAUCUUCCAGCUGAAGGCCGAAUAGGGCAGAUAAGUUUCGAUAUGAUGCUCAACAUCAGCACCUCUAUGAAACCCAACUUCACAGAACUCUCAGAGUCUAUUGCCCACGAGCUAGAAGUCAAUAUUUCUCAGGUUCGCUUUAAGAACUACACCAUUUCUGGAAAUGGUUUACUCGUUAGGUGGACCAUCGUUCCUGAUGAAUCUGCCAGUAGCUUUACUACUAGCAAAGCUAUGGACAUAGUUCAGCAUUUAACAAGACAUGAGAUGCAGCUACCCAAAAAAUUUGGGAGUUAUGAGAUGGUCAAAGUGAAAUUUCAAAUGAAGCAGUCAUGGUGGGAGCAAAAUUCUUGGAUGGUAGCAGUUGGUGUUUCCAUUGCCUCGGUUCUUGGACUAUUAGCAUUAGGAACAUGGUUGGUUAGGAGAUACAGAUCCCGACCCGGUGUUACUUAUGAGCCUGUUGAUGGCAUUGCUGGUGCUACUAUUGCUGAGCAAGAACUUCAGCCCCUUAAAUGAAAUAUAUUAUUUGGAGGGUAGUUAGAGUAACUCUGCGGGAUGCUGCUUUAGAGUCUUAGACUUAGCUUUGGAACUGUACAUAUGGGUACAGUGAAGCUGACGAGGAGAUGAAAUGCGCAAUUCCUCCGUGACUCAUUAACUGUACAUUCAGUGUACAGUAUAGGAAAGUGCAAAAGGCGAGUAGGUAACAUAAUACAGAUGAUUCUUGAUUCAGUCCAUGGUAUAAGUUCUGAAGAACAAAUGAUAGAGUGAGGAUAGUGCAAUUGUUUAUAGUGUCCCUCUCGGUAUCCCAAGGCUUUAGACCUUUAGUGACGCUUCUAGUGAACUGAGAGAUCAGAGUCUCAACUUUAUUUCUUUUCUUUUUUCCUUGUUUUUCCCCUUGGUUUUUUUUUAUGUGCAUCCGUUGUGUAAUCAGAAAUUCUUGGAACUGCCAGUGAAAUACUUCAAUUUUUGGUC